CUUUGCAGGUGUGAGCAGCCAGAUAGACGAUGAGUACAAGUGGGCCGGGGUGGAAGAUCCAAAAGUCAUGAUCACAACGUCGCGGGAUCCCAGCUCCAAGCUCAAGCAGUUCGCCAAGGAGGUUAAGUUAAUUUUGCCGAACUGUCAGCGCAUGAACCGAGGGAAGCACGAGAUUGGCGCACUCGUACAGGCGUGCAAGGCAAACAGUGUGAGCGACCUGCUCAUUGUGCACGAGCACCGGGGUGUACCAGACGGGCUCAUUGUGUGUCACUUGCCCUUUGGCCCGACUGCGUACUUCACCCUCUGCAACGUGGUGAUGCGACAUGACAUCCCAAACAUUGGCACCAUGUCGGAGGCAUUCCCGCACCUCAUCUUCCACAACCUCACCUCCAAGCUCGGCCUGAGGGUAUCCAAUAUCCUGAAGUACUUGUUUCCAGUCCCUAAAGAUGACAGCAGAAGGGUGAUCACAUUUGCAAACCAGGAUGACCACAUCUCUUUCAGACAUCACGUCUACAAAAAGGUGGAUCACAAAAACAUCGAGCUGUCAGAAGUGGGGCCCAGGUUUGAAAUGAAACUGUAUCAGAUUAAGCUGGGAACCCUGGAAAACGAGGGCAUCUCCGACACGGAAUGGCGCUGGCAUCCCUAUACAAACACCGCCAGAAAGAAGAGAUACUUGAGCACGGAGUGAGAUGAGGCGUCGUAUCACCUGAGUUAGCGUGGGCAAGGGACAGUCAAUGUUUGAGGCGAUGGUGAGCUUGCAGACUCUCACAAUUGUGGCUACCCUUGGAUUUGAAAAUCAGGACUUGUUGACUUUACUUUAUCGAGUGGAACAGGCUCUGCUCAAACGAACCAGGCAAUCGUGGGUCGGCACCGAUUCUAAAUCGGAUUCAGUCCUUGUGUAUGUAGCAGCUGACCUGGACAUUGCCGCUGUUUCACAACCAGGUGACCAGGACUUGUCAUUGUAAAAUGUUUAUAAACCAGUUAGUGGAUCCCUGCUGCCGCUGUUUGAUGUGAGAGUUCGGUACUGACUGAGCUCUGGCACAGCAUUAGGCAACUGUCUGAUGACCAUUUCUUUGCCUCGCCAUCCUCUGUUCUGUUCUUCUCGAAGUAUGGACGCUCGCUGGGGCGCUCAUCCUGACCUUUGCUACCUCAACCAAGCAACUGUCUUUGUACCCGGACAGUGAGCGCUUGCAGGGCAUUUGGCCACUUAAGUCCAAACCCGUCUUUCCAACAGAUUAGGUGUCAGGAGAAUGAUCAGGCAUCCUGGUAGCUUCUCAUUUUACCCCUUCCAGUCUGAGGGUGCAAAGUUCAGUAACCACCCGCUGUGGGGGAGCUACCAGAGAAUCUGGUGUGUUGCACCCUGAGCUGAGAUUUCAACACUGGAGCUCUUCAAGGCUGGGCUGUUGGUGUUUGGUGUAGAGAUCUUCAGGGUGGAAGGGGAACUGGCCUUACGUUGGGGGUAGUUUGGAUUGGCUGGGGCCCUUGGGUUGGAAGGGCAGUGAGGCUCCUUGCAGUAUCAGUCGGUGGGUUUUAUCGGUCUGUUGGUGGUGAGAUGUUCAAUAUAAUUCUGGUUAGCAGUAAAGUUUUUUUUUUACUGUAGACCUUGGCUGUUCCACGUGUGUAUCAAAAUAAAAAUGUGUUCCAAAGCCA